AACCAAAAUUCCACCGAUGGAGAUUGUAAGAAUGAGCAAGAAGCUACUGGAAAGUUGUCCCAAUUAUCUCCAUGUGAUAAGGUUGCUCAAACACAAAUAGAGCUUGUUGAAGUUGAAGAUGAGAAGAAAAGUGUUUUGGACGUUACUACAUUAUCCAGCAACACAAAGACAGAGAAAAGAUUAAUGGUCGCUGUCACGAUGGUAACAACAUCGAUUUGCAAUGGUAGAAAACGGCAAAAAGAGCUACCAAUUGGAGUUACCGUCAAUAAUGUAGUAAUCGACAAGAAACUCGAAUUGCUCAAACAACCUGACCAAGGCACACGCAACUUCAAGGGUUUAUCUCCCAUAUAUAAAGAGCAAAACUUGGAUGGGUUUUGUAAAGUGGCAGUCACGAGGAAUGCAACAAAUUCAGGGAUGUUAAAUCAAGCUACACGAAUUGCUACGACUAUUGUUUCCAUACAGCUUAUCCAUACAAGGAGACAGGCUCGAACUGAAGAAGUCUAA